AGUGUUGCAUGCAUCGAGGGGAGGAUUUGUCUGUACAUAAAGGAUGUGUUAAACUGAGAAAUGUCGAACAGUUUACUGACUGGUCAGCGCAUCGGCCAAUUAUUUGAAACGUCACUGGAAAAUACUAUGAAAAUGAAACCAGAACAAAACAUUAGGCAUUGCCCGUUUUGCAACAAAAGUGGACUUCCAGACGACUUCCCUCAGUUCAUACAAUGUUACAUCAGCGGUUCAAAAUGUGUGUAAUCCUCAGCAAAACAUGCUUACUGAAGAAAACACUCUGAUUCAUCAGCCUUUUGACCAAAAUAUUAAAUCAUGAUGGUGGCACGACAGCUAGAUCUUUUAUAUGUUGCUUGCUGAUGUGAGCGUUUAUUAAAGGGAUAGUUCACCCUAAAAAAAAAAAUGAAAAUUAUGUCAACAUUUACUCACCCUGAAGUUGUUCCAAACCUGUAUGAAUUUCUUUCUUCUGCUGAACGCACUCAAAAAAAAAAAAUGUAUUUUAAAGAAUGUUCUUCAGAUAUUCUUCAUGAAAACACUGCUUCAUGAAGCUUCGAAGCUUUACAAAUCUUUUGUUUCGAAUCAGUGGUUCGGAGCGUGUAUCAAACUGCCAAAGUCACAAGAACUAUUGAAAUUUCGAAACACUUGCGACGUAACGAAGCCUUGUUUACUAAAAUCACGUGACUUUGGCAGUUUGAUGAACCACUGAUUUAAAAAAAAAAAAAGAUUCGUAAAGCUUCACGAAGGGGUGUUUUGAAAUCGCCCAUCACUAGAUAUUGUUGAUUAAAGUGGUUAUUUUGUUUGUUUUGCCGCACAAAAAGUAUUCUCAUCACUUCAUAACAUUAAGGUUAAACCACUGUAGUCACAUGAACUGUUUUUUAAAUAGCUUUCUGGGCAUUGAAAGUGUUAAUCAUCGGAUUUCAUCAAAAAUAUCUUAAUUUGUGUUCUGAAGAUGAACGAAGGUCUUACGGGUGUGGAACGACAUGAGGGUGAGUAAUAAAUGACAGAAUUUUCAUUUUUGGGUGAACUAACCCUUUAAAUUAACUUGUAUAGACACAUACUAUCUGUAUAAGCACGUAUAAAGUCUUGGCUACAAAAUUAUAUUUACAUUUUAUAUAAAUAUGCCUAUAUAUAUAGCCUAAUUACCCCUAAAUUUCAUGUUAAACAAAUUAUUUUUUAUUCACAAUAAUAAUAAUAAUGUAUGAAAUUAAUAAUUAAUCAUUUUACUGAAUGUACAUGUAUAAAUAAAUUCCUAGCAGACCUGUUAGUAUCUGUGAAACUGAGGUGCUGUUAGAGGUUUAAUCCUGCUGAAGGCAGUGAGUCUGCGUCCUGCCUGCCGGACUGUCUUCCUGGUUUCAGAUCUACAGUUGCUGCUGUCAACACAAGAGCUCGUCUGUCGCCCUGCUUAUCUCACCACCUUCUGUAGAAAUAGUUUCGACGCGCUCUUUUCUUCUCAUCUCUCGAUUAUAAUGGAUAAUUAAGUGUUCCGGUCGCUCUGACAGGACGUGUCCUCGCGCCAGACACAUCUCAGAUCUUGGCUUGUGGUGUUGCUCAUUGACCUGAACAGAAAGUUUAAUUUACCAACAUACUGCUGCUGACACAUACAUAUUGUAGACUGUUGUAGCGAGCUGCAGGUAUGGGCUUUGCAGAGGACCUGUGGUGCCCUCAGGGUCACGCCGCCCUAAUGAAACUACAAGACUCUGAGCUGCGUUUGAUGGAGGUUAUGAAGAAAUGGAUAACGCAGAGGGCCAAGAGCGACCGCGAGUUCUCCAUACAGCUGCAUCAGAUGUCAGCCAUUGUUGAGAAGCUGGAGGGGUCCCAGCCUGGAGGAGGUGUCGACUACAUCAGCCAGUUUAAUAAGUCGUGGAACGUGCUGGUCAGUCAGACGGAGAGCCUCAGUCGUAUCAUGCGCAAGCAUUCGGAGGAUCUGAUGGUGGGACCCCUCAGCAAACUCACCCUCCUCAUCCGGGACAAACAGCAGCUGAGGAAGACUUACGGGGAACAGUGGAACCUUCUCAACCAGGAAAUGUGCAGGGUCACCCAAACCGAGCUGGACCGGGUCAAGUCCAGUUACAGACAGCUGGUACGGGACGCGGCACAGGCGAAAAGAAAAUACCAAGAAGCAAGCAAAGACAAAGAACGUGAAAAAGCGAAGGAGCGCUACAUUAAAGCCACUCUGAAACUGCAUGAACACCACAAUGAGUAUGUGUUGUCGGUGAAGGCCGCCCAGGUGCAUCACCAACUCCACUAUGGUCAAAGUCAGCCAGCCCUACUGGGAGCCCUGCAGACGCUACAGGAGGAAAUGGUGCUUAUUCUGAAGGAGAUUCUGCAGGAAUAUUUUGAUCUGUCCAGUGUGCUUCAUGAAGAGGUGGUCAGUGUUCACACUGAAAUGGCCAAUGCCCUGAAGGCCAUCCAGCCCCACAAAGAGUACGAGAGCUUCAUUCAGCAGAACAGGUCAAGAGGAGAGAUUCCUGCAUGUGUGGAGUUUGACAGCAGUUUGUUGGAGGAUGCUGAAGGCCUGAAGCCUGAAGAUCUGCAGCUCAAUGAGCUCACUGUAGAGGGAAUCCAGCAUCGGCUCACCGCUGUGGAGGAGGAGCUCUUGUGUCUUGCUAGUACUCUUGGUUCCCAGCAGGCCACUGUCAACCAGCUGGAGUUGGAACUGCAGAAUGAGGAAGGCUCUGCAAACAUCGGCCAGAGGGUGUAUCAGUUCAGUAAGCGUAAUGCUCUGGAGGACAGCAGACAGCAGGUAGUUUUGUCCAUGGUGGCUCGCGCUCGUCUGGAGGCCCAGCGGAGGAUUCUGGCCGAUAAACUUCAGUCUCUGGGCAGUAAUGAGGUCCCAGCUAUCGGCCUGGAUGAUGAUCGGAUAUCUGUCACCUCCAACAACUCAGAACGUGACAAAGAACAUAAGCACAUCAACAUGGAUGUAAUCGUGAGCCAUCUCAGCAGCUUGUUCAAGCCCAAGUAUACGAGUAGUGUAUUUUAUACAUCUCGCCAGGUUCCCCCCGCCCUGACGCCAGUGCCCGAGGCAGAGAAGCCCUUGACCCAGCAAGGCUGGUAUCACGGGGCCAUCCCCCGUCUGGAGGUUCAGGAACUGCUGAAGAACGAUGGGGACUUCCUGGUUAGAGAAAGCCAGGGCAAACAAGAAUACGUGUUGUCUGUGCACUGGGGCGGCCAGUGCCGUCACUUCCUCAUUCAGAGUACAGACGGUGUGUAUCGUCUUGACGGUGAGGGCUUCGCCUCUGUACCGCUGCUCAUGAAUCACCUCCUCAGCUCCCAUCAAAAUGUCACAAAGAGGACAGACAUUGUGCUGAAGAAACCCAUCCUCAAGGAUAAGUGGGUCUUGGAGCACGGUGAUGUCAUCCUUGGACAGAGCAUUGGUCGGGGCAACUUUGGUGAGGUGUUCAGUGGCCGCCUGCGUUCAGACAACACGCCAGUCGCUGUGAAAGCCUGCCGAGAGAAUCUACCCGCAGAACACAAGAACAAGUUCCUAAUGGAGGCCAGGAUCCUAAAACAGUACGACCACCCAAACAUAGUGAAGCUAAUCGGCGUCUGCACACAAAAACAGCCAAUAUAUAUCAUCAUGGAGCUAGUCCAAGGAGGGGACUUUCUGACCUUUUUGCGCACAGAAGGCCACAACUUGAAGCCCAAGAUGUUGAUCAGGAUGGCAGAAAAUGUUGCGUCUGGCAUGGAGUACCUGGAAAACAAAAAGUGCAUACAUCGAGAUCUGGCUGCCCGUAACUGUCUGGUGGGAGAGGAGAGCGUGGUGAAGAUCAGUGAUUUUGGUAUGUCUCGUCAGGAGCAGGAUGGUGUUUAUUCUGCUACGGGAGGAAUGAGGCAGAUCCCAGUCAAAUGGACGGCACCAGAGGCCCUCAAUUACGGGCGAUACACCACUGAGAGUGAUGUGUGGAGUUUUGGAGUGCUGCUGUGGGAGACGUUCUCCAGAGGAGUCACACCGUAUACCAUACCACAAAACAUGAAUAACCAACAGACCAGAGACGAGGUGGAGCGAGGAUAUCGUAUGCCAGCCCCAAAUAACUGUCCGGAUGAAAUCUAUGCCCUCAUGUGUCAGUGCUGGCAGUAUGAUCCAAGAAAAAGACCCUCAUUUCGAAAGCUAAAGGCAGAUCUGUAUGCUUUAAGUCGGUAACACACACACAUGCUUACAUGUAAGUGCAGUUAUUUUAUGAUGAGGCCAAAGCAAAGGAUUUAUUUUUUCAUUUGUGUGCCACAGUUGAAAAAAAGCAAGAAUGCAUAUACUGUAAAGUGCACCAUCAGUGCCUUCUGACAGAGUGCUAUUAUUAUAAUUAAGAAUAUUUGAUUUUAUAUUAUAUUCGAUUCUGUGUAAUGUUGUGUUCCGAAAGGUUUUAUUGGUGACAUCCUGAUGUUUAAAAAACAAAUAAAUUAUUUUUGGGUUUUUUUGCAGAUGACAAAUGUGAUCCUAUAUAAGUCUGUACAUUCAAUUGUAUGAAAAAACUGUAAAUAAAUGUAUUAAUAAUUAUUAAUAUAA